CAUCCAUGUAUAAUCUUAGAAUACCGUAGUCACUGUACAAAGUCAUAUCUUAUCUUUAUCUAUUGUACCUUUGCAUAUGUUAUAAAAUAACUUAUGUUAGUAUGAUACAAUUUUAAAAUAUAAUUAUACUUUUGUAUCUCAACAUUCUUAUUUAUAAAUAUUUAUAAUUAACAAAAUUCUUGAUUGCAAAAACACAAUCAAAAGGCUUAUAAUAAGAAACGUAGUAAAGUUUACAAUUGAUAUAAGUAAGAGAAAGAAAUGCAAUGAAACAUAUGGAACGGGGCAGAAAUAUUUUCUACGAAAGUACCUGUUGAAUAUAUCUUUAAUCAGUGUAUUGAAUUUAUUUCGAUUAUAACCUCACUUCAUUCUAUCGUUGAAAAUAUUUCUUACUGUAUGACUUGUUGAAAAUGAGUUCUCGCGGUAAACUAGAAACUGAAAAGUUGAGAAAGAAUUUAGAGACGCAGCUGGAAAGACUGGUGCAACAAUUGGAAGACAUAGAAGAAAGCCGAAAUUUAUUAGAUGCAGCUUCUUAUGAUGAAGCUAUGCAACUUACAAAAGAAGAUUUGCAGGAGUUUAAUGAAAGUUUGCAAAGAAUGAUAUCUGGAGAUACAACAUUAAUCGAUGAAUUGGGUACAAUACAGUUGGCAAUACAAGCAGCAAUCAGUGAAGCUUUCAAAACACCUGCAGUUAUAAGAAUGUUUGGCAAACGAGAAACAAAGGAACUUAGAGAACGUUUAACUCAAAUUGAUUGUGAUAUGAAACUUGGAAAACUGAGCAAAGAGUCUAGCAAUCGUCAACGUGGCGAGGUAUUAAAUGCAUUAAGGCAGCUUGGAGAGAAACUAGAACCUCAAGAAUUACAAUUAUUGGAAAAAUUAAAGUCCAGUAACAUUGAUACAGCAAGUUAUGUUCAAGUAACUGAAAAUACAGAAAAAGGUCAAAUGGCUAUAGCAGUAGUAGGUGAUGAAGUUAGAACUACUCAAAAUAUUUAGAUUUAUAUCUUGACAUAAUAAUAGCUUUUAGCUUUUUAUGAAAUUGACCUUUUAUUGAAAAUUUGUAUUCUGUGCAAAGAAAAGACAUAACUAUAAAAUGAGAAUUGUUAAAUAAACAUAUUGUUUUAAGUAACUUAAAAUGUCAUUUAUAAAUAUUAUUUUACAUAUUGAUGACCAAAUUUUUUAUUAAAAAGUGUAGGAAUACAUGGUAUUUUUAAAUUUGUAUUUUCUAUACAGUUUUGUGCAAAAAAUGUAUUUCCUAAUGUUUUAAUACUAUAGAUAUUUUAUCUCAUUUUAUUGUUAAUUUUUCAAAUGUGAGUGUUUAAGACUGAAAAUAAUGGUAAGAAAAUGUUUCAGUUGAAUUUACUGUUACAAAUCAAAAAUAAAACAUAAGUGAAUGUGUAUAUAUAAUUUCACAUUUACGAUGUAUGUCUUACGAAUUGCAGAUUAAUUAAGUAUUUAUCUCUAAUUAUGUCAUACAGUUGUUAUUAUAUAUUGUAUAUAAAAUAUGUUUCUAAUUUAUUUUAAUGCCAUACUUCAUAUAAAUUAUGUAUGAAGAUUAAGUUAAUAAACUUAUAUGUGUUAAUAUGUAUACAUCCAUACACCAUAUAAGUAUAUUGAAACGAUGUAUUAAAAAAUACAAACAUCAUGCUAAAUA